CUCUUGUCACCCGGUCAAACCAACGAAUUUACAGUCGAUUAGGGCUCCUGGCGGCCUCUGCUGAAGACGAUUACCGUGGGCAUCUAAUUCGCCAUCCUUGCAGACUCUCGUACAAAUUCGCAGUCCUACAGUCUGUGUACAAUCUAUUGUACCAAUGGAAGUUGCAUCGACCAGGACGACCGCCUCCGGGGUGCCAUCCCAGGAUGAUUCGGCUCCGCGGUUGCCCACCGAGAUCUGCGGACGGAUCAUUGACCAUCUGGCCGCGGGACUGGUUCUCUACUACAGAGAUCUGGCUGGGGAUCCAAAUCUCCUAGCACUUCGAUCGUGCGCACUAGUGUGCAGGGACUGGUACUUUCACACCUGGUACCAUCUCCGCCGGCGUGUUCACCUUCGUGACCGAAACGACGUCCUUUCACUUUCCAGGACACUCCGCGAGAGACCACGCCUCCGCGGUGUCGUCCGACAGGUCGUCAUCUCGGGUCAUACAUCUGGCCAGCGUUCAGUGAUCCAACAUCUCGGAACGUUUACCGCUAUGCUUGCCGGGAAGCUCCCGGAGCUGUGGAGGAUUACCAUUGAGGACGCGGAAUUGACCAUUGGCUCGAUGAGGAUGGAAGAUUUUGGAUAUCUCGCUGCAUUUCACCUCAUCCACACAUUGAACAUUGUCAACGUCAACGUGCCAAGCAUCGCCCGGCUGGCCGGCCUCAUUUCAGCACUCCCUGGCCUAACAAAUCUAUGGUGUAUCAAUGUCGACUGCUUGCAGAAACUCUCUGUCUCUCCUGUCUCUCUCCCGCUGAACUCUGCAAGUCUGGAGCUUCUCGACGUGAUAUGGGUUGCGCCCGCAAUUCAAGACCUCCUUGGGCGAAUCAGCCAGGCUUCCCGGCUACGCAUUCUCCGUCUCGGAGUGGACGAAGACUUGACAUUAUCCUCCGCAGGCAGCAGAAGUCAAACUUUGUUGAAUGCAAGUGCCGCCUCGGUGGAAGUCCUGAUUCUUGAGUUUGAUCCCGACUCCUUCGUGGACCGUGGCAGUGACAGUCUUGGUUCCGCUGUAGAACGACACCUCAACCUGUCACGCCAUGAAAGCUUGUGGCGAUUGCGCAUUGUCUUGUACCACCCCUUUGUUGCGUGGUCCUGGAUUCCUCAUAUCAUCUCUCGAAUCCCUUCAAAGCAUCUCAUGGCCAUUUCUGUUUUGUUUUUCAUUGGUACAGAUCAUGCAGCCGAUGACUUGGAUGGGGCGGUGACGAUGAUGGUGGAAGACGGUAUCUUGGCUUCCGCAACGCUGGCAACGACUGGACCUCGCCUGAAGAACUGAUUGGUACAGAAUCAUCAUCGCGAGAGCGGCGCAACCGGUGGGACGAGCUCAUUAGACGGAAGAUGCCGCGCUGCAAUGGACGGGGCAUAUUGACUGUGCUAUUCUCUUUCGAAGAGGACAAGAACUGGAUUCACAACAUGGAGGAAAUCCAUCGAGCGACACAACGCCAGAAUGCCAAAACUGGAGUAGAGGUGCAGCGAGAGGACGACACUGAGCAUGCGCCGGAC